CGCUGACAAACUCUCUCGUGGAGUAUAAAAGCGGUAAAAUUGAAAAACAGAAUAGCACAUUACAAAGUGAAACGUCGAGUGUAUCACGUUGACAACACACUGGCGGAACUCAUCGUUUCGAGUGAUCAUAGAAGAGUACUUUGGCUCUUGACUCUGGCUGAAUUUAUCAGUGCCCUAAAUGGAAGUGUUUCAGAUUAUUUGAGCACACUCACCGCACAGAAUCUCCAUCUCUCGCUCUCUGUGCUCCAUCCAUCAUCGGCAAAAGAGGUGCACACAUUCUGUCAAAUACGCCAAAACUGUGCACUCACCUCUCGACCGUGUAUCAAUCGCCCAUUUGGCAAGUAAUCCUUUGGACACACGCUAUGUAUCGAAUUGUGCUUCUCCUCGCGCUCUGCUGCAGUGCAACUCCCACCGAAUCAGCCUCACUUUCCUCCAGAGGUGAAUAUGAUCCAAUGCACCCGCAAUUGCCUAUUAUAAAUGAUGGAAUUGUAAAUGAGCACGGCCGUGUUAAGCGCGGAGCUCUGCCUCUGAAAUUCAUGGCACCCGAAAUGGAGACACACGGUGAAUAUUGGACUAAUAUGGCACAAAAUAUUCUCCAGCAGCAAUUACGGAAAAAUCACCUCAACAAGAACAUGGCGAGAAAUGUUAUUCUCUUCAUGGGCGAUGGCAUGUCCAUUGCAACAGUGACAGCCAGCAGAGUUUACAGUGGCGGCGAGGAGCAGCAGCUCUCAUUUGACAAAUUUCCCUACUCUGGACUGUCAAAGACAUAUUGCGCCAAUACACAAGUUGCGGACUCUGCAUGCUCAGCCACAGCAUAUUUGGGCGGCGUGAAGUCAAACUACGCCACCUUGGGUGUGACGGCGUCCGUGGCGCUGAAUGACUGCAGCGCCGAGAACAGAACGGCCAACCAUGUGGCGUCCAUUGCCGACUGGGCGCAGCGCAAUCAAAUGUCCACUGGCUUCGUGACCACCACGGAAGUGACUAACGCCUCGCCGGCCGCCCUGUACGCCCACUCGGCCAAUCGCAACUGGGAGAGCGAUCGCCAGCUGCUGGCCGACGGCGGCAAUCCGGACGUGUGCACGGACAUUGCCCGGCAAUUGAUUCACGGGAAGAUUGGCGAGCGACUGAAUGUGAUUAUGGGCGGCGGUCGACGACACUUCCUGCCCGAAUGGGAGUCAGACGCCGAGGGACAGCCUGGCACCCGCGGUGACGGCGUGAAUCUGAUCAAGCAGUGGACGCGACGCCAUCGCAAGCACGCAGCGCGAUACGUUGAGACACGCGAGGAGCUGCAACAGGUGACCGGAGCCACUGUUGACUACCUCUUCGGCCUGUUCAGCAACGAGCACAUGCCUUUCCACCUGGAAGAGGAGGCGGCCAAGAAGCCCACCCUCACGGAAAUGGUGUCCAAGGCGCUGGACGUGCUGGAGAAGAACGACAGAGGAUAUCUGCUGUUCGUCGAGGGCGGCAGAAUCGAUCACGGACACCACAAGACACAAGCGGCACGCGCUCUGGACGAAACCAUCGAAUUCUCCAAGGCUAUCGAGCACGCUCGUCUCCGGACCAGCGAAAAAGACACUCUCGUGAUCGUGACAGCCGAUCAUUCCCACACAAUGGCAAUGGCAGGAUAUUCUAGUCGAGGAAAUCAUAUUCUGGGCAUUAAUAAUGCACAGAGAGGACUCGAUCGUCUUCCCUACGCCACCUUGAGCUAUGCAAAUGGGCCGGGUUAUGAGGUGCACGAGGAGCAGACGGGCGGCAGGCGGAAUCUGCAGAAGCUCAACAUGAGCAAGCAGACAUUCGAAUUCCCAUCCACCAUUCCGCUGGCCGAGGAGACGCACGGCGGCGACGAUGUGCCCGUGUACGCCAGCGGCCCCUGGGCCCACAUCUUCACCGGCUCCUACGAGCAGCACUUCAUCCCGCACGCCAUCGGCUACGCCGCGUGCAUCGGCGACGGCCUGCACUCGUGCACAGAUCAAUAGACCAGCCAAUGAGUGGCGGAACAGCACGGAAAAAUCCUACCGAUCAUCGUCAGAAUUGUCACACAACUAUCUUUGUCAGUAUCUUUGUCGAAUUUAUUUAUUUCCUCACACAUUUUCUAUCCCAUUAGUACUUAAGACUCCCGAUUGAUGCCGCUAAUUGCAAUUGAAUAAAACACAUUCAUCAAUCAACUCUUAUCUCUCUGUUCACUUU